GUCAGCGUUAGUUAAGGCAGUUUUUGACAUGUUAAUCUUGAUGUGUUUUAAAAGCUGCCAAUCACAUUACUGAGGCAGCUUGAAAGGAAGACAUACAGUGAAGGCACAUACUCUUGGAUGUUCAUGGUGUCUUCAUUUCACCCAAAACUAAGGUCUUCACAAUAGAUCAUGACUCCACGAGAUCACAUGAGAAAAAUGUCUAUCCUGGGGGAACAAGGAACACUAGAAGAAAAGCACUUAUACCGAUUAGCAAGUGGCAUGGCAGCAGGAGAACUGCGGCAGCGGCAAGAGAUGCUAAUGAGAAAUCAGUUGAUGGCAGUAAACCCUCAGCUAAUGGGGGCAGGCCAGCAGAGAAUGCAGGCGAUUCCCUCCCAGUUUGAGCCUCGACUGGUAGACAGGGAUCUAUUACCUUCAACUGAAAUGAUGGCAUCAGCUGACCCAAGACAAAUCCAUAUAGCGUCCCACCUUGGGCCCACAGUCCCACAGCAUGCAAACAUGCCGAACAUUUUGUCCAGCCGCGUUUACCCAGGCCCAGGCUAUAGCUUUCUGCAACCAGAAUCCAUGGAAGCUGUGGCCAGAAGACAGGAAUUGGUUCAAAAGCAAAACAUUGCCAGAAUGGAAAUGGAGAUGAGUGCUAUUUUUCAGCAAAAAGAAAUGGAGAAAGCUCAUCGGAAAGGGCUACUGGGCCUGGAAGCACCCUUCCUUUACCAUGGGAUCCCAGCUAGUCCCAUUGCUUUCCGUGGCAGGCACAGGCUACCUGAAGGCCACCUUCCCAGCGAUUUAUACGUUCAUCGUACCACCCUAGAUGAAAUUCACGGCAACACUAUGCUCAUGGCAACCAGCCCAUACCCUCCAGUCAGCACUUUGCAAAGGGAGAGGGGACGACGACCAGGGAGAAGAGCUGGAAACCACAAAACUGCAGACUGUAGUGCCAAUGGCACAAAGAACCAAGCUGACGACAAACCUACAGACCCUGCUUCAGCUGCAGCAGAUGAUGAGAAAGAAGACAAGAAAGAAGCAGAGGUGGAGACCCCAAACAAACACGAACAAAGCAAAAACCAGAGUGAGCCAUCUGCAGUUGCAAAAAACUGUAAAGAGUUUGAACAAGGCUUGAGAAAAAACUGUGCUACUCAUGAAAUAUCUGCUGAAACCAACAGCUGCAGCAACACAAAUGAGAAGGAAUCUAAUAGCUCCUGUGCUGCUUUUGAUGACAAGUACAUGUACCCUUCUGCAAUCCCAUUCUCAGCAUUACCAUAUGGAUUUCCAGUACCCAGCAACCCAUUGCUACCUUCAGGAGCACAUGGCCUGAUCCUGAAUGGAGAAAACAUUUCUUCCAUUGAAGACAUUCGCAAGUGGACCGUUGAUGAUGUAUACAACUUCAUCAUUACCCUCCCAGGCUGUUCAGAUUAUGCCCAGAUAUUUAAAGACCAUGCUAUUGAUGGAGAAACCCUCCCACUGCUAACAGAGGAACAUCUCCUGGAUACAAUGGGAAUAAAACUCGGACCAGCAUUAAAAAUCCGCUCUCAGGUGUCUCGACGUCUGGGCAAUGUGUUUUAUAUGAUGAACCUUCCUCUGUCCAUGCCCCUGCCUCCUGCCGCAGGCAAACCCCCCGAGCAGCCCUCCGACAUAGCCUCCCCUCUUCACUGCAACAGCAGUGGCGAUACGCUGGAUAGCCCCUGCUCUCAGGACCCAGAAACUUCAAAAGCAGUGGAACAGAUCGUUUCAGAAAGCAGGGAAAAUCCAUGUGACACAGCUGGAUCUCAGGCUGACUUCCAGAUGAUCACUUUUCAGAAAAGUUGAGCUGAGUCCAGGACAUAAAAUGUCUUUAAUAAUACAGGAACCUCUAGUUACAAAGUGUUCAAGAAGAUAGCUACAGUCUGAAACCUCUGUAUGACUGCGGCUGAAUGAAGUAAGCUGCAAACGCAGCAUGAGGAAGUACAGUAUCUGAAAAGCAUCUAAAAAAUGCAACUACAAGUUAGUGCAAUUACUUUCAAGUGCAAUUCAUUGAAAAGAAUACCAGUACAGUUAACAGGUAAAUUUAAUUUUUCAUUAAAGCCCAGCGUGUUCACUGAAAUCUGUCAGAGACUCAGAGUGCGCUGUCUGUCUUACAGUGUGUUCCUGCUGAGAAACUACAAGGAAAAGUUACAGCUUCCACACAUAGCUGACUUCUGCUUCUGUCAAACAAAAUUUAUACAGAAAAUUUACAUGGAAUUCUGUGAGAGAGUAUGGAAUUGCCUGCAGAAUAUACAGAAAUAUACCCUGACCCAGCAAAUUGAGUUAAUUCCAUUGCUGUUCUAGAACUAUGCCUUUCUAAGUGCCUGGGAAGGGUAUACAGUGUAUAGAUGAGAUCUGCGGAUUAAACCCUGAACAUGAAAAUACUGUGUGUAACAGCGAUUUUAAUUAUUUCGAGGCAUUCUUAUCAACAGGGUUUGAAUUCGCUCUGCGUGAUUGCACAGCUGAGCUGAGCCGAGCUGAGGACAGGAGGCAGCAUCAGCAGACUCUGCCACGAAGACCAGUCACUGGGGCAGCAACGUUCCUGCAAGCAGCAGUUUUAAAGCCACCCGGCUCCUGCCAGCCUCUGCCGCAGCACCCUUCCCCUCAGCUCACCUGGGCAAGCCAUGGAAAGCCCUUCACGCAGCAGCACGUUCAGUGUUCUUCAGUUUGGACGACGCCAUCAAUUUUAGCCUGAAAUCUCCCUUUUCUCUGCAAAAAUAUUGUCUCUCCUCACUUCUGCUACUGCUGAUACAUAACCUCACAGCAAACAAGAACCACAAAAUAGAGUUUUUAGCUAGGGAUAAAUCCCCAGCAUUUUAUUAUGAUUGCUGUGUGAAUUACCUUUGUUCCCUCUUUAGGGGUUUGGCCACACACCAGUCUUCUGCUUAGGCUUUGGAAGUCAGUACACUACAGUGCCAUCUCCUACUCUCCUCCUUGCAAGAACACUUCCUUACUCCAAUGGACACACAAAUAGUUUUGAUAAAAUUAAUUUCUGUAAAUCGAGGAUUGAUAGAUGUGGAUCUGCUCUAUUUUGCUACUUUAGAUUCCCUCCCCUUAGUUUAGCUGUGUGGCCUCAGAUACUUAAAAACCAAGAGGUACACUGCUGUCUGAACAGUGAGUGACUGAACACAGGGGGAGAGGGAGUAUUCCCCUAUUUUAGACUGUGAGCACCUGUUCUUUAGCCUGAGAUAAAUUAUUUUAUAUCUUUGGUAUAUUUGUGCACUAGAUAAUGUGCUUAGAUGUUUUCAACAGCAACUUAAGUAGUUCACCUUACUAUACUGUCCGAACUUUGCAGCCUUGAGAAGAAGGGCAAAUAUCUAUGAUAUUCCUUUCUGACCUUUACAUCUGUGAUCUGGUGAAAUAACAGGAGUUUUGCCCAAGAUUAUGUUUUAUGCAUCACCUGUGGUUUUUUCAUAUAUGGAACUGUUUACUGAAUACUCACUAGUGUUCAAAACAAGCAAAAUUAAAACCCAAUGCUAGAAAGUUUAAAUAUAACUCCAUAAGACUCUUUAAAAGAUGUACAACAGCAAUAUUAAUCUUGUACUGGCAAUUAGUUUGCUGUUCACUUUUUCUCAAUUAAUUUCAAAAAGUGUUAACCUCUGUUCUCUUAAUUAACUUUUCUACAUUUUUUCAUGGCUUUAAAACUUAGUAAGGCAGCUUGGAGAGUUUCAUGUUGAAUUUGGUAAUGUGAAUGUUUACUUUUUCAGAUUUUGGGUGAAACACAAUUGUCAAUGUAAAAAAAACAUAUUCUAUUUGAAACACUUUUACCUGUUAUUUUCAUGUGUAACAUUUCGGAUUAAUUACACAAGAAAAAACUGUUUUACAGUAGAUUUAACUAUUGUGAUUUUAUGUAGAUUGUUCAUAUAUCAUGAGGGAAAAAGAAAAUAUUUUUAUAUAGUAAAAGUGUUCAUUAAAAUAAAAAAACCCAAGGACACCAAUUCUGUUUAGCAACUGAAACGAUUUCUAACUUUUUUUUUUUGUACAAUUGACGAUCAUGUUGACAAUGCCACUUAUAUAAUUAAACCCAGUUGCUGAAUUGGCUCUCAAAUGGCAUCCUACCUCCUCAUUGCAUGAAAUGUUUGACUUAAUCCACAUGAGACCUUCUCCACCCUAGAAGAGGAAUCUCUGAUACUUUUCCAGGUCAAUGAGGCCACGAGAUGUCGCUGCAAAGCUACGGGAGGUUAUCUACCAACCCACCAAAGUGAAAUGCUGCACACCUGAAGUACAGGAGGCCUGUUAAGAGCAAGAGUAUGAAAACUGAAACUUGUUUUUCUCAAGUAACAGCAGAAGAGCUUGACGUGAAAUCCCAUACAAUAGGGAAGAAAGAUUGAAUUCUGGUUCUGAAGAGUGUGACUGUUCUUGUAAAUGGCUCAGAGGUGAACAACGCCGAAAGCAGAGAAAGCUCGGAUGCAAACUUUGCAGACUGGUACUACUUCUGCAAUUAAAAAAAACAUACGCUACUCUGCACAUACUGGACUAUUCUUCCCAAAAUGACAAAAAGGAUGACUUCAUGGCUUCCUGUACUGGGGGAGAGAUGUGCCAGAGCAGCCAAAAUGCAAUAAGGCCUGGACUGCAUACAGCGUAGAGUGAAAUAGGAAGGAAAGGGAUUUACCCAAACAGACAAAACCGAUUCUAUUUCUAAUGAAGGAAAUACCACUGGUAAUGAAUGUUUCCUCUCCUACAAAUGCUUCACAGAGAAUGAAAAAAAAAAUAAAAGGUAAAAAUUUUAAAAAGACAUAGAAUCAGUAGACAGACCCAUAUUUUCAGAUCUCGAUGGUUUUCAGAAAUUAUGUUUAUAUGUAAACAUUGAGGCCAUACUGAUUCUCAGCAGCUAUGUGUUCUUUUGACUUUUAAUGCUUAUUCCAGCUGCAAAGGGGAGUAGCUAGCAAUCACAAGCACGUAAGAAAGCUGGCAGAACUGUGCUACUGAAUGACUUUCUGGUAUCUAUGCCACCACUGCAUUCAUUUUUUCUGCUAUGCUACUAAAAUCACAAUGAGAUGCAGAUGAUGUAUUUUAAUAUAUGUGGCAUCAUUAUAAACGUUUCACUUAACAUCCAUUGCUGUAUUAGUCUGUAAUAGUGAUACAGUUAACGAAGAAGAGAAUGUUUUUUUAUGAGACAUUGUGAAGUAUCUGAUUUUCCCUUUAUCUACAUUAAAGGUGUAGACUCCUAGGGACAGGGACUUUCAUUUCUUGUUUUUAUAGGGCCAAGGUUAAAGACCAGAUAAAUAAAAAAGCAUAGCAAACAUGUAACAAAAUGGUUCUGUACUAUAACUGAUUUAGGGAAGUCCUGAAAAGGAAGAAAUGGCUUGUCCUUCCUAUCACAA